ACUAUCUGAAGAGAGUACAGUUGAGAGUUGAGAAGAACCAUGGUUGAAGUUAGUCGUGCUGUUUUGGGAUUAUUUGUGACCAUUGGGUUCCACAUAGCAGAUGGAGGCUUUUCCAAUCUUCACCAAAAAGUAGGAGAAAACAUCAGUCUGCCGUGUAACAAUGUGGUUUUACCAGGCUGCUCCUCUACUACAUGGAUCUUCAAUAGCAUUGAGCUGGUUGGUCAUGGAGUAAAACAAAAUGGGUCAGGCAGAGCAGAGAGACUGAGCCUGGGGUCCGACUGUUCUCUGAUUGUUCUUAAUGUCAAAACUGAGGAUUCUGGACGCUACACCUGUCGACAAUAUCUCGCAAAGGGAGGGAAGCAACACGGGAAUGAUGCAGUGGUAGAGCUGUCUGUUGAAACCAGUCUCACAACACCCCUCUCCACCACUUCAACACCAUUUACUGUGGGUGGAGCAGUAGGUGCAGCACUGGGUGGAGCCAUUGGUGCAGUCCUGCUCUGCCUCCUGGCUGUCAUCAUCAUAGUUCACAAGAAGAGAGCCAAGAACCAAAAGCCAAACAAUGACUCUCUUGCUCUGACUACAGACAUUGUUAGUAACACCACAGGGAAUCAGCAAACCCUUCCUACUAAUGAGGACAAGGAUGGACGUGACGAUGGCCCCACCUAUGUCACCAUCAACCACCCCAGCCAAAACAAGGCUGCUCCAAAACCAGAUACUCAGCAGGAGGACAUGGUGACAUAUGCCUCAGUCAAUCUCUCCUCAUCUAGUAGAAACUAGAGAGCCAUAAAGCGACACUGGUGACCACAGAGAUCUCUAUCAACCGUCAACAAACCUCAGGGAAAGAAAAUAAUUGUCAUGAGAACCACUGCAGUCACGCCAUAUCUUGUCAGUUUUCAUGCUAUGUAACCAUUUAUGAAAACCAUAUGUAUUUGUUUUAGAAAUGAUACAUUGCUUCUACACUGAUAUACUUUAUCUACAAGUAUUAUAUUUAUUAAUUCCAUCUCUAAUACACCUAUAAACUCCUGUAAAGGAAAGUACUGCAGAGUAUUGGUCUUCUGUUGAUGUGCGGAUUCAGAGAAGAGGAGUUUGAGCACCUCUCGUUUCCUAAAUUUGCUUCUGCUAUUCAGUUUUUCCAUUGAUUGAAAAAUUGACCACUGUGACACGGACACAUUUUUUAAACUAUAAUUUGUAUUAUUUCUCGUUACUAACUUCUAUGCAAGCAUCUUACUGGCUGUCCUCUGGGGCUAACUGAAAAUGCACCUUUGUCCUGUUACAGACACAUGUUUACUCA